AAUACUGGCUAAGGGGUCCUUUCCAUACUGAGGAUGGGCCAGCGGGGGUUCCUCACUGUCUCACUGUUCAAAGUUGCUCUGAGGGUCACAGUUCACAGUUCUCCUAAUCCAGGAUCCCCUUCUGGGCAAAUAAUUUCUUCCUCUCACCCUCGCCCCCCUCCUUCGCCCCAGUCCCCCCUGUUUCCUAGGGAAAGUUGUUCACAGAAUGAGUUCUCCCGUCGUCCCUCACUUCCCCCAAUGGCAGAGAGCGCCCUGGAGAAUCUAUUCUUAGCUCCCCCUUUUCUCCCUGAGCGGUUGCGGGGCCCUCUGAGCCUCCCUGCCCGCCCCCCACCCCCUCAAUGGGAGGCUCCAUCUGUCUCCCCCAACACCCAUGACAGCUCUGGAGAGGGAAGGAAGUGGGGAGGCGGUGGGAGUUUUUUCUUUUUAGUGGGUGAGGUAGGCGGCUCUGGCUCCCAGUCUGACUCAUGGCCAACUGUCUUUCCUGAGGUUAGGUUGGUUUGCCCGCACACGUGGGGGAAAAGCCUCCCGGGGGAAACAGCAUCUUUGUCCUCCUCCCUUUGUGGGUCCAGAGGAGAGAGAUAGGGGGACGGGGCCUUCGGGUGACGCUUGAAAGCCCGGGAAGGGGCAGUCAGGCCCACACGCUACCCCACGAUAUACAACACAGCAUCCCCAAAGUCUCCGUCCCUAGUCAUUCCUAGCCUUUUAUUCUCUCCCCACCCCCACCCACCCAGCAAGGCGGGUCAGGGCCGGACAGAGGGAGGAGGCGACGAGCAGACUCUCCCAUUGGGGAAGCAUGAAGCCACGCCCCAUGCUCGACGCCAGAACAGCCAGUGCAAGGGGGCGUUCCUUUAGAGAAGGGGCUGCAUGCGAGUCCCCGCCCCUUACGCGCCCGUGCGUCAGCGGCUCAUCUGCAUGGGAGGCUCCGCCCCGCUCUUUGCAGGACGUCACUGGGUUCUGCAGGGGCCCGAGCCACCGGAGCCGCGGGACCCGCUGGAGCCGCCGCCGGAGCCGCUGCAUUGGUGCAAGAGAGCCAGGCUGCUGCGGACUGCGCGCUAGAGCGAGAUGGCGUCAGCCACGGAUUCCCGCUAUGGACAAAAGGAAUCCUCUGACCAGAACUUUGAUUACAUGUUCAAGAUUCUUAUCAUUGGGAACAGCAGCGUAGGGAAGACGUCCUUCCUCUUCCGGUACGCUGACGACUCAUUCACCCCAGCGUUUGUCAGCACUGUGGGCAUAGACUUCAAGGUGAAGACCAUCUAUCGCAAUGAGAAGAGGAUCAAGCUUCAGAUCUGGGACACAGCUGGGCAGGAGCGAUACCGGACCAUCACCACAGCCUACUACCGGGGGGCCAUGGGCUUCAUUCUCAUGUAUGACAUCACCAACGAGGAAUCCUUCAAUGCAGUGCAGGACUGGUCAACCCAGAUCAAGACCUACUCGUGGGACAAUGCCCAGGUGCUGCUUGUGGGAAAUAAGUGUGACAUGGAAGAUGAAAGGGUGGUCUCCUCAGAGAGGGGCCGGCAGCUAGCAGAACACCUGGGAUUUGAGUUCUUUGAGGCCAGCGCCAAGGACAAUAUCAAUGUGAAACAGACCUUCGAGCGACUGGUGGACAUCAUCUGUGAGAAAAUGUCAGAGUCUCUGGACACGGCUGACCCAGCUGUGACUGGAGCCAAGCAGGGCCCCCAGCUCACAGACCAACAGGCACCCCCACACCAGGACUGUGCCUGUUAAGCCCUGGGCCCAGGCUCUGUCCUCUCUUCAGCGGUCACUAGCAUUCCCCCUCCUGCUCUCCCCCCAGAUGGGUCACCCUCUUUGUGUGCCCCCAACUCCCUCACUCCAGGGCUGCAGAGCCCAAAGCCCAAGGUGAGAGUGGGGCCCAGUGGGGAAGGAUGGGCCUAGUACUACGUCUUUAGAGCCUCCUCCCUCCCUUAGUCUCUCCAGCUCCCCGGAGCUUCUAUUCCUCUAACUUAUUUAUUAAUUUAUUAAGCUAUUUAUUUGAAGACUUGUUAAAGGGACCAUGCCCCACUUCCUAAAGCCUGUCUCUACAUCCUCAAUCCUAUCCUUCCCUUCUUUAUGCCUCCAUCCCCCAUCCUCCAAUAGGCCGAUCUCCUUAGCCCAAAACAGAGUGGGGAGAACUGGGCCAUACCCAGGCCCCACUUCCUGGAUGCUCCCUCCAUUCCCUCCCUCCUGCUGGGUCCCUCCUUACUUCCUGGCCUCAAUUCCUUGUAGAAACCCAUCCCCCUCCUCCUCCUUGUACAUAGCCAAGACUGAACCCUGUACAUAGGAUUAGUGAGUGGUCCUAGUGUGUUCCAUGCUGUGCUGACUUGUGCCGAUGGGUUUCUUUUAGCCAUGUGGUGUUGGUUUAUCAUCGAUUCUUAAACUGAGCAUUUCAGGGCAGAACUUAGAAGGGAUGGACAGCAUGGUGUCAGCUGCCUCAUAAGCAAACUGCUCCUCUUACCGUCUCUGGGGAUAGAUGCUCUAAUGGAAGCGGGUUGGGUGAGCCUGAGGCUGGGAGCCCCUGACCCUUCGAGUGACCUCUCUGGACCUGCUUAGGUUUGCACAACAUGAGGGGCUCGACUCAUGAUCGUGAAGGCCUGGUCUGGCUCCGCUAUUAGUAUGUUUGGCUUAAAUUACUAAGGAUUCUCUGGACAGGGGUGGGGAGUGACCCCGCCCAGCCUCAACUCCCCUUCCAAGUCCUGGGAUUCUUUCCUUUCUUUUUUUGGGGGGGUGGGGGUAGGUGGGAGGUGGUGGGGGUCCAAGGAGCAUGUUUCCUUUGGGCUGUCUGCUCCCAUGUGUUCAUCUAAUUGUUUCACGUGGAACAUGUGAGUUAGUGACUGUUUCAGCAACCGAACUCUCCAAGUAUCACUUUUACAUUUGGGGGGAUGGGGGGUGGGCGGGAGGGUUACAUGCCCAUGCAGAUCCCUGAACGUGAACCUAGCAAAAGCUCCUCUGUGUGGUUUUCCUGAUGACCUUAUGGGGACGGCUACACUGUACUGUACAGAUGUGACAAGUGUCAAACACAGGUUGUUGUCUAAAUCACUGUAUCACAGACGUGUCGUGAGAACAAUAAAAGCCUGCUGAGCCCAGGCGGCUGGAGGUGUGAA